GCUCAGCUGGUUGCUGAGUUUAUUGCUUCAGUUAGCUAAAUGUUAGAUCCUUGCUAGCUCAUGGAAAAGUGUUUUUCUCUUAGGUUCCGGUUUAAACUGACUUCCCUCGAAUUAUCCAACAACGAAACAGCUCAUGUUAGCUAGGUGGCGACGGUCUGCUUUUAUUCAGCUAGCUGGUGAGGAUCUGAUCCAGCUGACAGCUUGGAGCAUCCUGCUAGCCUAGCGGCUAAAUUAGCAAGAAUCACAGGAAAGAAGUAAGGUGAGCACCGGUGUCAUCAACCAUGGCAGGUGGAAUUACAGAGACCGGGGAACCCUACUCCGCAUUCGUGGGGCUGGUGUACAUGUUCAAUCUGAUUGUGGGAACAGGAGCUCUGACGAUGCCCAAAGCCUUCGCCAUGGCCGGCUGGGUGGUCAGCUUAGCACUCAUCUCCUUUUUAGGAUUUAUGAGCUACAUGACCACCACGUUUGUGAUCGAGGCGAUGGCGGCGGCCAACGCUCAGCUGCGCUGGAAGAGGAGGGAACAGGAAGAGGUCGACGACAGCGACUCCACCUCCGAGUAUUCCGACGAUGAUGUCAUGGGCCGAGGCCGAUCGGAGCCGGAGACGAAGCCCAUCCUGUCUGUCCAGAGGUCAGGAGGUCACGUCGAUCACUUCGACAUCGUGGAGCGGGUCGAGAUGGGUCAGAUGGCCUCCAUGUUCUUCAACAAAGUUGGCGUCAACAUGUUCUACAUCUGCAUCAUAGUGUAUCUGUACGGAGACCUGGCCAUCUACGCAGCCGCUGUGCCCAUAUCACUGAUGGAAGUCGCCUGUGGGAACCACUCCUGCAGUGCUGGAAGUGUGAAGUACAACGACACAGACCCCUGCUGGGGGUCCGUCACGAGGAAAGAUGCCUACCGGGUGUUUCUGAGCAUCUUCACUCUUCUGUUGGGUCCUUUCACCUUCUUCAGCGCCCAGAAGACCAAAUAUCUUCAGAUUCUCACCUCACUCAUGCGCUGGAUUGCGUUCACCAUGAUGAUCAUCCUGGCUCUCAUCCGCAUCAGUAAAGGCACCGAAAAGCGUCACCCGCCAGUCGCCUCCCUCUCUGGGGUGCCCAACCUGUUUGGGGUGUGCGUCUACUCCUUCAUGUGCCAGCACUCCCUGCCCUCCCUGGUGACGCCCAUCUCCAACAAGAAGCGCGUGGGCAUCCUGGUGUUUGCGGACUACGUCCUGAUCCUGGGCUUCUACGCCCUCCUCUCGUUCACCGCCAUCUUCUGCUUUGACAGCUCGCUGCUGCACGACAUGUACACCCUGAACUUCACGGACAACUGCGACGUGCUAGACGUUCCGUUCCUGCGCUACUUCCUGGGCCUGUUCCCGGUUUUCACCAUCAGCACCAACUUCCCCAUCAUUGCCGUCACACUCCGCAACAACUGGAAGACCCUGUUCCACCGGGACGGAGGCACCUACCCGUGGGUGGUGGACCGCGUCGUGUUUCCCCUCAUUACCCUGGUGCCCCCGAUCGUGGUGGCCUUCUGCACCCACAACUUGGAGUCCCUGGUGGGCAUUACUGGAGCCUAUGCCGGCACGGGGAUCCAGUACAUUAUCCCAGCCUGCCUCGUGUAUUACGGCAGACGCCACCUGGAGCCCGUGAUGGGCAGGGAUGCCAUCAACAAGCACCAGUCUCCCUUCCGCCACGCCUUCUGGGUGUGGUUUGUUUUGGUGUGGGCUGCUUCCUGCCUCAUAUUUGUCACAGCCAACAUCAUCCUGACUGACACCAAGAAAUGAGACUCACUGAUCCAAGAACUGUCUGAAGAAUCUCUGUGCGGCCAGUCUGUUUGUUCCUGUACACGAGGCCUUACAUGCUGCUGGUUGGACAGCGUGCCUUUUAAUGGGACUUUUUGUGGCAUAUAUGAAAUGUAAUUAAGAGUAAUUUAUCAAAUUUGUUAAAAGGGACCAAAUGUCAGGUGUUUUUUUUUUGUUCCAUCCGAGCUGGAGCAGUGCAUGACGACAAUGAAAGGGACAAACUGAUCAUUUACUACGUGGAUGUUUUGGGAUUUGCACUUAAACAACUUUUUAAAAAAUACAUCUUAAGGCUUCAGUGUGCUUCAAACAAACUAGUUCAUAUGAAGUGCGAGCUGCAGAAAGUUGGCUCGCUUGUCGGAAUGUCGGUUGGAAAAGUUGUUGAACUUGAAGCGUGAACUUGUUUGAAGCAGACUGACGCUUUAGGAGUUCUGUGGGUUCGUCCAUCCUGCGCUUCUUUAACUUCUUAUGUCUCAUUCAAAUCACACACUUCGGAGGACUUAGGGUGUCGAGACGCUGAGGGAUCCGCUGGACCUCCAGGCCAGAUGGUUCCCAUAAAAAUAUAUAACAGGAGAACGGAGUGGUGGAGAAAAAGAGCCUGUCACAUCCGGACUCGUGCUUUGUUGCUGAACUGCUUGGCGUCUACACAGCUUAAUAAUGAAAUUGGAACAAAAACCCAACAGGAACGAAUCAGGGAUGAUCGGUCUUUCGCGGCUGACGUGAAUCCAUUCCUCAGCGGCGGCCGCCUCCGAUCUCCUCGUCCCCUUGUGAACAAUGAGGCUCGGUCCGUGACAGAUCCGCUGACAGAUAGGCCUCCAGGAAGAGCUCCAUCUCUGUUUAUCACCAGGCACUCGCGCCUGUGGUUCACACACAGGGCAUGUCUGCCGUCUUUUACUGCUCAGCACCCAUUCACGACUCUGUCAGCCUCGCACUGUAUCUAUCACGCAGCCCGGCGCCUGACAGGAUAAUAGUGAUCUACCGGCUCCGGCUCCGGAUGUGGGGAGGCCUCAGUGGCCAAAAGUGAAGGGAAGUCAUCCGAAUGUGACUCCGAAGCCUCACGCGCUUCCCACCGUGCUGUUUCUUAGUAAUGCUGAUUUCACUGACACUUGGCAGCUUCCUCUCUGAGUUGUGCCUCUGCUGAUGGACGUCAUUGUUGCCCCCACACCUUAAGUCUUUACCUGUCACGUUUUGUCUUGUGUGUUGGUUCAUCCCAAGUGCAGAAAACAUGAACGGAAAUGUGUUUGGACUCUUUCAGCAUUGAGAAAAAUAAAGUUUCUAAAAACUCAGCAGCAGCAAGCCUCAGCAGACGUCCCUCUGGGUCCUCCACAGGUCUCCGGGGGACUGGGUGGUGCCUCCAGAGCAACGGGAGCAUCGUUUCUGCAGAAACACCACAAACAAGCUUUUAUUCAGCUGCGCUGUGUUAGGAUGGAGGCAGAAGUCUCAGAGACACAUAUCCCAAAAUCUGGACAAAUAAAACUAACUAGACCUCUAGAGGUUUGUUUAUUUUUUUCUAAUCUGGGUAAAAAGUGUUGUUGACGGUGUUGCUUCACCGAACUGCUGUAGGACUUAAUCAGCGCAGGAGAAUCGAGCUGAUUGAUUCAAACUGUGGCCACAGAAAAUCCAACUUAAACGCAGCAGCAGUCAGCAGUUUAAUGGUUUGUUGUGUCCAGUGUCGCCCUGUUUGUUUCUCCAGAUGGGUGCAAAACCUGAGAGUUUAUGUUGGACAGGUUAGUUAACUCACACUGGUUAAACUAAUCUACCCUGACUUUAACGUGUGUGUGAUUAUGAACUGUUAAAUGUCCAUCAUGUAACGCAUCGAGUGUCUGGAAUUAGAAAAUAACUGAUGCAGUGGAAGAAACUCCUGCAAAGCUUUUUCACCUGCACUUUGUCCAUAUUUGUCUUCUCUUACACCACUUAUCCGUUUUUUGCUGUGGUCGGCACGGGUCUGGGCUGCAGCCUUUGAGCGGUGGGCGUGCAGCAUCCAGCCAAUGACAGCACGCAGGUGAGGUGGGAGAAGGUAGGAACCAGGUGCAGCAGCAUGCAUUUAAGUUCCUUAAAGAGAUGCAUCAUAUCUGAGCCUGUUUGACUGUCUGAGAUGUCCAGACUUUUCUUCAUCUGUAAUGUGGUCUGUGUUUAUCACCUUCAGCGUUAAAUGCCUAAAUUGAUGCCGUUACCACCAACGAGAGCUUUUUAAAGGGGACUCACGUGGUCGUCUGCAGUGCAACACCACUCACACGUUUGUUUUUAAAAGCCGCCACAGUUGUGGUCAAUUAAAAUGCAGAUCAGGCGUCAGGACGUACAGUAGCUCAGCGGGCCGCGCGGCUGCUUCACCAGCUGCUGUAAUGCAGUUUGAAUUGAAAGCUAACGUGCUGUGACUCGAGUGUUUUUAACGCACAGUGACCGGGAGAUCUCCACACGUGCAUCGUAGCAUUGUUGUAGCACUGCUGAAGGUCUCCGUCUUCGCCGAGCUGCAGGGACAGUUUGUAUUUGAGAUCAUCGGUGAUUUGAGGUGUUGUCAGGUCCGUCGGGGCUGCAGGAGCGAGCUUCUGUCUGCGUGAACUGUCAGCUCUCGGGUGUUCGCUGUUCUUCCUCCCACAGUCUGAUGCCACAGGUCUUCUUCUCCUCGUCACAUGUUGGGUAGAUGUUUAUGAUUCAGCGUGCUCGUUUGAAUGAUUCGACGUUGGAUCUGUUGAACGUGAUCUGAUGACUCUUGGAGUUGUGAAAUGUGCCUUUUUUUUAACGGGGUCAUUUUUUUCCCCUGAACUUCUCGACUCUGAUGUUUUUCAUCUUCAGCGUCUGCAUGUGAAGCCACUUCAUUUAACUGACAAUCAGCUGCUCCUCGUUUCUCUUUUCUGUUCCUCGUUACCUGGAAUAUUUCUGAGAAUUGUUUUAUUUUCUCAUCUCUCCUCCAUGUUUCAGGUGUUUGUUUACAGCCUGUGAUUCACUCAUUUAUAUGGAUGUUUCCUGCUUUAAUGGAUGUUCUGUUGGAUUUUUAUGAUUCACAAAGAAAAUAAAAGCUUUAUGCUCA